AUGAUGCCCAAGCUGAGCCCCCCAGCUGUCGCCGACGAGGACAAGGACCUGAAGCUCGAGACCACCAAUGCUCCAGCCGGACAGCCAGUGUCACUGCUUCGAGACGACCAAGGACGCGUGGCUUACCCUGGCUUCGUCCCUCAGCAGCCAGAAUCGCCGACCGGUACGAACCCUCCCCCCUCCGCGACCCAACCGCCACCGCCAGGGGGCAUCCAGAAGGCAGUAUCAGAACCACUCGCUUCAGACCUCGAGCACCCACGAGCAGCCGCGAGGCCACAAGCAGGCCAGAGGUCUGCGACAGCCGCUCCCCCUACCGCAACCCGUCGAACAUCAGCGCUGCCGCCUGCCAUCAAGCGAGCUGGCACCAACGUCUCGCAGUUACAACAGGCCCUUUGGAACUCCAAUCCAAACUUCCGAGAUGACACUUCGAGCAGCGACUCCUCCACCGACGACGAGGACCUCGGCGCGGGCGUCGAACGGGCCGACCAGGCGACAGCAGCCGGCAAGAAGCCCCAGCACCCUCGAUCCCCAACCACCGACCACUUUCGGCGCUUCAGAGUGGGAAAUGAGAAUUACACAACAAAGGGCAAGGUGUCCAAGCACGACGGGCGGCUGGCCAUCUCGAUCAAGGACACAAGUGACAAGGGCUACCUCGCCAAAGCCCUCGGUGCUACCGUUGGGAAGGUCGUGCCCCGGAAGGGAACUGACGAAACCGACCAGGGCGGCGAACCACCCACUGCCGCGAGAAGAUCCUCCGAAACAAUUGUCACCCCCGAGAGUAUCCAAUGCCCAAAGCUAAAUAUCGUUAUCAUGGUGAUCGGGAGCCGUGGGGAUGCGCAACCAUUUCUCAAAAUUGGCAAGGUCUUGAAAGAGCAGUAUGGCCAUAGGGUCAGAAUCGCCACCCACCCCGCCUUUCGCGACUUUGUUGAGAAGGGCACGGGGCUGGAGUUCUUCUCCGUCGGGGGAGAUCCGGCUGAGCUGAUGGCUUUCAUGGUGAAGAACCCGGGCAUGAUACCUACUUUGGAGACCGUGAGAGCUGGCGACAUUGGGCGCAGGCGACAAGCCAUGGCCGAAAUGUUUGAGGGUUUCUGGAGGGCCUGUAUCAACACGACAGACGACGAAAAGGACACCAAGAACGCUCGCAUGAUGGGGGACAAGCCACCCUUUGUUGCUGAUCUGAUCAUCGCCAACCCCCCGAGCUUCGCACACGUGCACUGCGCAGAGGCGCUGGGAAUACCGUUACUCAUGGCCUUCACCUUCCCAUACACGCCGACAAAGUCAUUCCCACACCCGCUCGCCACCAUCAAGAAGAGCAACGUCGACCCUGGCUACUCGAAUUUCAUGUCCUACCCGCUUGUGGAGAUGAUGGUGUGGCAAGGACUGGGCGAUCUGGUCAACGACUUCCGUGUCAAGACGCUUUGCUUAGACCCCGUGUCAACACUCUGGGCCCCAGGCGCUCUGUAUCGGAUGAACGUGCCCAUGUCCUACCUGUGGAGCCCUUCUCUCGUCCCGAAGCCUGCGGACUGGGCAGACGAGAUCGAUAUUUCGGGUUUUGUCUUCCUGGACCUGGCUUCUUCUUUUACCCCUCCGGAUGCUCUCGAAAAGUUCCUCAACUCCGGCGACGAGCCUGUCUACAUAGGAUUCGGGUCGAUUGUUGUCGACGACGCCGACAAGUUCACAGAGAUGGUAUUUGAAGCUGUACGACUCGCAGGUGUAAGAGCACUUGUCUCUAAGGGGUGGGGUGGCUUGGGCGGUGAGAACGUGCCAGACAACAUCUUCAUGCUAGAGAAUACACCCCACGACUGGCUCUUCCCCAAGGUCAAGGCUUGCGUGAUCCACGGCGGUGCCGGCACAACUGCGAUGGCUCUGAAAUGCGGCAAGCCGACAAUGGUCGUGCCAUUUUUUGGAGACCAACAUUUCUGGGGUCCUAUGAUCGGAAGGGCAAAAGCAGGACCCGAGCCUGUGCCCUACAAACAUCUGUCGGCUGAGAAGCUCGCGGAAGGAAUCAAGUACUGUCUCACCGACGAGGCACAAGAGAAGGCCCAGGAGAUGGCCCGUGACAUCGCACGAGAAGGCGAUGGUGCAGAGAAUGCCUGUUCUUUCUUCCACAAGCACUUGCAGCUCUCUGGCAAACACAGCAUGAGGUGCUCGAUCCUGGAGGACAAGGCUGCUGUGUGGUGGAUGAGGAACACCAGCCUCAGGUUGAGUGCUCUGGCAGCUGACAUACUCGUGGACAAGGGAUACAUCACCUGGCGCAAGCUGAGACUCUUGAGACAUUGCGAAUACAACGACUUUGAAGGGCCUGGUGAGCCUGUCACUGGCGUCAUUGGCUCCAUUGCUGGAACUUUCGGAGAAGCGGUUGGUGACGAGAGCGCAACGGGAGACUUGGGCAAAUCGGCGUCCAAGGACAAGACCCAUGAUAGCAAGGAGGAGCCGGCCAAGACAGGAGGCGCUCAAAAAGGCGAAGACGAAGGCAAUGAUCACGGCAGAGCGUCCAUCCAAACGGCCACGACCGAAGGAACAGCGGACGAAGGAUACGUGGACCAGGUCGCCGAAGGCGUCGGCAAGUCCGCCCGCGCAAUGGCCACGGCCCCCAUCGACCUCUCAGUGGCCCUCGCGCAAGGUUUCCACAACGCACCCAGGCUCUACGGCGACGACACCGUGCGCCGGCCCACGCGCGUCACAGGGAUCCGGUCCGGCCUGCGGGCGGCGCGGUCCGAGUUCCUCUUCGGCGUCUACGACGCAUGGACAGGCGUGGUGCGGCUGCCCUACCGGGGCGCGCGGCACGGCGGCGGCGUGGAGGGGUUCGCCAAGGGCGUGGGGAUGGGCGUUACCGGCUUCGGGCUCAAGAACAUCGCCGCGGUGGUGGGGCCGUUCGGGUACACGCUCAAGGGCAUCAAGAAGCAGGUCGAGCGGCGGCAGCCCACCAAGCACAUCCGGCGGGCGCGGAUCCUGCAGGGGCAGAAGGAGGCGGCCGCCCUGGGCCCCGAGGAGCGCGACGCCCGCGCCAAGGAGGUCGUCCGCGGCUGGGAGGUGUUCCAGGCGCUGUGGGCCACGGUCGAGGGCAAGGAGAAGGCCAAGGGCGGGCUCAAGGCGCAGUUCAGCGAGACGCGCACGCGGGGGCAGGGGGUCCCUGAGGCGCUGGAGAGCGUUGCCAUGGCGGAGAGGACGCUUGAGGAGGUCAAGCGGGGCGGGAAGGUGCAGACUGGGAUGAAGGAGUUCCGCCGGUCUGAGGACCUUGCGAGGAGGUCUGGGGAUAUCUCCGGGAGGCAGUCGGUUGACAGGAGGGGGUCACCUCAUGGUGGUGGUAAUACUGUUGGGCGGAAGUCGGCGGACCAGGGGCAGUCGCUGGACCCUGCUUCUGCUGCUGCUGCGAGGAAGUCGACGGAUAAUACGAGUGCUGAUAGGCAGAAGAGGCCGGGCGCCUCUGAACGUAUUGAGGAGGGCGACGAGGGACCUGCAAGGCCCGUGGAGAAUGGGAAGGUGGCUUCUUGA